AUGAUCCUGCUGUCUGGUCUGUUGCUCAUUCUCUGGGGAGAACCGGGUCGGUGCCUGGAAGAGGGAGGAAGCUUUACAUUUCAUGGAGAUUUCCGCCACUUCGCCGUGGCCACCAACACGGUUUACAUCGCUACAGAGGAGAGGCUGUACCAGCUGAGCCACGACCUGACUCUGACCCAGAGUCUGACCCAGAGAGGAAUCUUGAAGGUGGGGCCUGAGUCCGGUGAUGAGCAGUUUUACCGGGUUUCUGAGACGGAUGAAUGGAACGCAACUUUCGGUGUCAACAUUUUAUUGCCGUUUGUUGAGAACAACACUGUGAUCAGCUGCGGUGUGAUCAAGUGCGGCUACUGCGAGCUGCUGGACCUGCAGAACAUUUCCAACGUGCUGUACAGGGAGCACAUCCAGGUGGGGCCCGCAGGGCGCAGCAACGCGUCCGUCGGCUUCCUGGUAGAUGUGGAGAAGACUCGGACCCGGCCCGAGACUUAUAUUCUGACUGCCUUACAGCAACCCGACAAAACCACAGAGACCAGCUGCCUCUCUGAAACAGCUUCUGGGGAGAAUACUAAACCUGUGAUCAUACAUGAAGGCGAGGUGGUGUUUGUGGAUGGAUUUCAAAAGAAUUCAAUCAUUUAUCUUUUCUCCAACGUGCCAUCAGAGGACAAAGGCAACAAAGUCCGUCUCAUUUGGCUUGAGGGAAAAACAAGCAAAGCAGAGACUCUCAGGUCGCUGCGGGGCGCGACUCUCAGUAUCUCUGAUGGUGGUAAAGGCAGCAGACUCGUGGCCUCCUCGGUGAUCCCGGGUGGGCCGCCGGUGCUCUGGAGCGGCGUGUUCAGUGUGGACGGAGGACAAACCGACACCGAGCUGGUAGUGUUUGACGUCAGCCCUGAUCUCACCGGAGCGGCCGAUGCGGAUCCAGACUUCUGCAUCACCUGUCCUGAGAAGUCAAGAUCCACGCCAAAGCCUCUGAAGCCAAAGGCAAUGCUCAUCAGGCAGAACUACAUGACCUCUGUGCUGGCAGUGAGACAGAAGACCUGGAUGGUUUUCUUCACUGGGACAGGAGAUGGGCAGCUCAUUAAGCUCGCUGUGGACACGAACUAUCACACCACCUGUCCCAGGGUGCUCUACAGGGCCAGUGACGACCGCCAAGUGUUCCCCAAAAUACUUCUGGAUCAAGUGGACCGUAAACAUGUCUAUGUGCCAUUUCAAAACCUGAUUAAACGUUUGCCUGUGUCAAAGUGCAACACAAACACAAAUGUGCAGGACUGCUGGUCUGCACAGGAUCCAUACUGUGUCUGGUGUGGCUCUAAAAGAAGUUGCACAUUUGAAGAUGAGUGCCGAAAUUUAGACUGGUUGUCCAUUCCUGAUGACUCCCGUCAACGCAAAAUGGUUUCCUACAGCGUUGUAAAGGACAGCACUGGCCAGAUCACACUUAGCAUCCAGACACACCUGACUGUGGGCCAGAGCGCUCUGUCUAACUUCGCCUGUCAGUUCUCUGCAAGCUCCAGCCAGCUUUGUAGUGCAGCAAACAGUCCUCCACGGUUCCCACAAUGCACCUGCGUCCUUAAAAAAGCACACUUCCUGCUGAAGGCCUGCGUGUCACCGUUAAGAUUAGACUUGGGAUGACACAAUUGUUGGAACGAUUUAAGAUAUCCAACUGCUCUGACAUCAGGGGACCAACGACUCCUGUCCUGUGUCGGCAGUGUAUCGAGGCUGGAUGUGGCUGGAGCACAAACGGCUGCUCCUGGGCAAAUCAAGGAGUGGGGGAUAAAAGUGUUUGCCAAAUGAUGGAGACAGGGAUGAACUUUUCUAGACCGGAGAUCUCCUCCAUCACUCCCAGUGUCGUGUCUUUCUACGGCAGAAACCAUGUGCUGUUGUCCGGUCGUAACCUUAGUGGUGUAACCAGAGUGAGGAUCCAGGCAGACGUGGACUGCACGGCACAAGAAUCUCCUGUAUGGAACAACACUGGUGUGAAUCUGACGUUUCACAUUCCCAGUGACGAAAAUAAAGGCGUGGUCAAAGCAUGUGUUCUCCUCCCAGAUGGUAGUUGCCAUGGCAACGCUAAGAUCACCUACCGCCCCUCACCUUCCUGCACCGCCAUUACACCCAGCAGCACCUGGCUCAGUGGGAAGAGGACGAUCACACUCAUGGGAUCUCACCUGGAGUUUGUGGAAGGGGUCAUGCACAGCCAUGCCCUGCAGGAAGUAAGACUUCCCAGAAACAGCAGCUAUCAGGUGGGACUCUCUCCACACACACACAC